UGGAUUUAUUUGGUUUGAGGUUAGGUUAAAUAUGGGUUGAUAUGGGUUAAAUGUCAUCUCCCAAGUAACUUUUGUCUUUUAUUGUGUUUGUUAAUUUAUAAGUUAAAUUGUAUAUAGUCUAUUAGAGUCUAUUGAUGGAAAGCGGUAUGGUAUGUCUCAGGUACCUAUACCAUUUGGCAUGUUUACAGCUUUAGUAUUUAUACGCCUUUCUGCAUCUAUUAGAAUAUUAACGGGAUAUCGUUCUCUUACCACGUUUUUUCUUUGUGAUUGUUGCUAGUUAAAUUAAAAGAAUUAUAUAAAUAAAUUCUUAAAUUGUUGCUAGUUGAACAAUUCGAAGCAAACAUGGAUGAGCACCGUAGUGCAAAUAUAAAUUCCACCGAUCUGGAUGAAGAAACCAAACAAAAACUGAAGGGUGAUGCGAUUGGCGACACGCUUUAUAGUGCGUCCUUCGUAAUCAGCACCUUACAAGGGUUUUCUAAUUUGAAAUACGAUGAGAAAACUGAAGAAGAUUUAUGUUUUCUCUGGGACAUGACUUUGGAGCUGGAUGUUUGUAAGCUUCUAUUUGAAUUAGAUUUUCCUACAUUAGCCACAAAUGCAUUGGAAACAUGCGAGCAGCAAAGACUGAUAGAAAUUCUUAUAGGAAUAUUAGCCAAUAUUCUUUUAGCCGACUGUGAUAAUAAAAAUAUAACAACACAGCAAGUUACAAUGAUACUACGAGAGUUUGAAACAAGUAAUCCAGAUAUUUUAAUUCAGCUAAUGCGAUUUCUUGAAUCGAUUGCUUAUGCAAUGCCGCAUUACAUCAAUGGGCUUGGGGAUCGAGUGCUUAAACAUCACAUUCAAUUCAUAUUGAACAACUCCCAAAAUAUCAAGUUAAUUAGCGAAUCUUUCAAAGCUGUAGAACAACUAACCGAAGACUUUAAAUUAAGUGAAUGUUACGUGACACAUUCUCUCCUCGAAUCUAUGAUUGAAGGAUUUGAUAGCGGUUUCAGUGUAGAGACCAACACUUUUGAUGACGAUAUGGAGUGCCAGGAACAAAGCAAGAUAAUCAGAAUAUUUGUGCGUGCUGUUGCUAAUCUCUGUGAAUAUGCCAGUAAAUAUAAUAUUGUUGAGAUUAAUCUAGUAAUUACCAAUUCUACAAAACUUUUUACAUUUGUUUCAAAAAUCGUUCAGCAUUUUUCUAAAGAGUUCAAUCUAUUGCCUGUCAGCCCAUGUUUUAUGGAAUACAUUUCAGCCUUUUAUUUAAUCAUACAAACUGUAGAUUUUGAUGCUGUGCCAAAAGAGUGCGAUGAUUUAAUUUAUGUAAUUUUUAACUGCAUGUGUAAAAUUUUAAUUCUGCUGCAUCCCAGCGAGUCUGAAGUAGCAGAUGUUAAUGCUUUAUUAACAGAAUUUAUAGGGUAUAUAAUUUACAGACAGGAAUUUGAAUUUUUAUUGUCGGAAUUGGAAGCUAUUGGGCCGAGUUCCUUGAUAGUAGUGAAUUUCUUGAACCAAGAAUAUAUUAAGUUUAGUUUUGAUGUUGAGGUAAAGCUGAAAAUGUUGCACUCUAAACUGAUUAAGUCGUGAUAAAGAAAAUGUUGAAAGUUGA